AUUGGACUCAAAAAGUUGUGUUCCUCUCUCCACGGAUGCUGCCAGACCUCUUGUGUUUCUCUGGCUACUCAGUUUUUAUUUGAUCUGCAGUACUUUGCUUUCAUUUGAGUACAUACUUUCUUUUGAAAUGCUGUCCCUCUUCCCUGUUUCUCCAACUUCACCUUCAACGGAUGUGAGAAAGGGAGGAUUUGUAGUUGGAAAUCUGAAACCAAACAUCAAAACUGUAUUUGAGAAACACGAUUUAUUAUAACCUACCACUGGAUUUUGAAUAUGAAAGGAAAGAGCACUGUUCACGGUGCAGAGAAGCCAUACACGUGUUGUGUGUGUGGACGAGGCUUCAGCCGUUUACCUGGCCUGUCGAGACACGAGUGUAGUCACACUGGGGAGAAACAAUGGAAAUGUGGGGACUGUGGGAAGGGAUUCAGUUACCCAUCUGAACUGGAAUCUCAUCGACGUAAUCACACUGGAGAGAGGCCGUUCACCUGCUGCGAGUGUGGGAAGGGGUUUACUCAGUCAUCCAGCCUGCUGAAUCACCAGCGAGUUCACACUGAGGAGAGACCUUUUAAAUGCGCAGACUGCGGGAAGUGCUGCCGAAGUUCCAGUGAUCUGAUGUCCCAUCAACGUGUUCACACCGAGGAGAGACCUUUUAAGUGUCCAGACUGUGGGAAGUGCUUUAAAAGUUCCGGGGAGCUGACGCACCACCAACGUGUCCACACAGAGGAGAGACCAUUUAAGUGCCCAAACUGCGAGAAGUGCUUCAAAAGUUCUGGGGCACUGGUGACCCACCAACGCGUUCACACAGAGGAGAAGCCGUUCAGGUGCUCUCACUGUGGGACUGGGUUCAGGCGAACAUCUCAACUUAAUGAACACCAGCGAGUACACACUGGGGAAAAGCCAUUUCUGUGUACGGUGUGCGGGAGGAGAUUCACUCAGUCAUCCACCCUGCUGAGACACCUGCAAGCUCACACUGGGGAGAAACCAUUCACCUGCUCAGAGUGCGGGAAGAAAUUCAAUCGGGCAUCUCACCUGCUGAGACACCAGCAAGUUCAUAAGUGAUGGCAGGAGUUGGGUUUUGCUGUGAAUCAGAUCCAGUACAUAUCCGUGUAUGUUGGGAUUGUUUGUUAUUAAGUUUAACAAACUCGAGCCCAGUUAUAAAUGUUGACAUCCUCGGUAAAAGUCAAAUAAAUCAGCUUUGUGUUAACUAAUCUGUCAGAUUUUUGUAAUACUUGUAAUGUACAAGUUGAUUCCUUUUAAAAGAGUGGCUCAGUAGUUAGCACUGUCGCCUCACAGUGCUAGGGGCCCAGGUUCGAUUCUAGCCUUUGGUGACUUUGUGUGUGUGGAUUUUGCACAUUUUCCCCAUGGGUUUCCUCAGGGUGCUCUGGUUUCCUCCCACAGUCCAAAAAUGUGCAUGUUUGGUGCAUUGGCCAUGCUAAAUUGCUCUGUAUUGUGCUAGAUGGGUUAGCUAUGGUAAGUGCGGGGUUAUGGGGGAUAUUGUAGCGGGGAAGGGGGAGGUUGGCGUUCUUUGGAGCAUUGGUGUAGACUCGAUGGGCCAAAUGGGCUGUACCAACACUGUAGGGAUUCUAUGAUUCUCCCGUCUCCUCGAUCCUCACCUCCAACAACAAAUAUGAGAAGCUCGUAGAGCUUCUUUGUCACUGAGAUUGAGACAAUUUAAUUAGCUGCCUCCGCUGCUUCCCUCCCACUAGCUCACUGACGCAGUCUGCCUCUGAAAUUCUUUGUUGACUGAGUUCUGACUCUCCAACCUCCUCCAGUUUCUCUAUCACAUAUCAUUCAGAGCCUAGUCCAGCAUUCCAAUCUCUUGCUUCCAUGACUCUAUUCUCACUAAACAGUUGACCAUCUAACUUCCCCAUGUUAUCUGAUAUUUUCACGUCCUCCUUUCUUCUAGUAUUGCAUCCUCUCACUUUUAAAUCCACUACCAUCACCCAUCUUAAACUAAAAACCCUUCACCCCAUCAUCUUUGCAAAAUACCACCCCCUCACUAACCUACCUUUCCCAAGGAUCUCCUACUUCUCAUCUACACACAGCUUUCAAGUGACAGCAUCCAAAAGCCCUGUAUUAAUUUUCAUGUAUGCUGAUAAAAAUUGGCUACACCUUACCAUCAUCCCUCUCCAUUCCUCCACUAUUACUAAAUUAUCAGACUGCCUUUGCCACGUCCAGUAGGAGUUGAAUCAGAAAUUUCUUCCCAGUAAGAG